UCCAAGUGUGGGCGGUGUUCCCGGUUGAGGUCAAAAACAAAUAUGGCGUGGAGAAGCUACAUUGUGAAAUGGACCCAAACAAGUCUAAUUUCACCGAAAAACGCAACUAGGCUGGACCUCUACUGCCAAACCAAGCGUGGAUUUCGCCGUGACGCUAAAAGGCCAGAAACAAAGAAAGGGAAUGUCACGAAAGAAACACACGCCAACACUUCACCUCCUGAAAGCCCACAAGGACCGCCACCUCAACCUCAACGUGUUCCCCGACCCAAGCUGCUUAAGCCCUUCCUGUUUACAGUGGGGUUUACAGGCUGCUCCUUCUGUGCCGCGGCCAUUCUGCAGUAUGAGAACCAAAAGUCAAGAGUCAGAACUUUAAGGGAUGAUGAGUCUGAUAAACUCCUGCAGGGCUCCACAGACAUGGUGUACUGGCAUGACUGGUGGAACAAGCUGACAGACUUCCAGCGCCAGCUCAUCCUCCUCAUGUCUGUGGCGGAUGACUUCUGGAGCAGCCUCACCGAAGGCCAAAGGACCGUCUCUGGUAUUAUCUUGGCGAAUGCCGUGGUCCUGUGCUGCUGGAAGAUCCCCUCGCUGCGAAGAAGCAUGUUAAAGUAUUUCAUAUCCAACCCAGCGUCCAAGAGCCAGUGCCUUCCCAUGAUCCUGUCACCUUUUAGUCACUUUUCCGUCCUCCACUUUUUGGCCAACAUGUAUGUUCUGUGGACAUUUUCCUCCGGGAUUGUCUCCUUAUUAGGGAGGGAGCAGUUCCUUGCCGUCUAUAUGUCAGCCGGGGUUAUUUCCAAUAUGCUCAGCUACUUAUGUAAAACAACGUCUGGGCGCAUCUUCCCUUCUUUAGGAGCGUCAGGUGCAGUCAUGGCAGUGGUGGCUGCUUUGUUCGCCACAGUACCAGAAGCCAAACUGAACUUAAUUUUUCUUCCUAUGAUCAGCUUGACUGCGGGAAAUGCUCUGAAAACUCUUGUUGCCAUUGACGUGACAGGGUUGCUGAUGGGAUGGCGGGUGUUUGACCACGCGUCUCACAUCGGCGGAGCCCUCUUUGGCGUCUGGUACGUGGCAUACGGUCACAAGUUGAUAUGGGGCAAGAGAGAUACCGUGGUCGAGAUGUGGCGCAAAAUCCGCACUCCUGGUGGGGGCGGAGCAAGACCAGGAGGCGGGCCCGAGAAUAAUCCCAAAGGAGGGCCACAUAGGCCUAACUGACAUUUGUUGGGAUCCCCCAAAAACAUUUGUAGCCCCCUGCUUCUUACCUCUCGCACACAAAGAUGGAGCUAAAUGGUGUUUUUUUUAAGUGAUAUUGUGCAUCCAAUGCAAUAUUUUAUAUCAACAUGGUUCAAGCCCAAAGUUUACAUUCUGCAUUCUGUAUCUUUAUUCCUGCAAAGUACAGUAUUUUGGUGAUUCUCUCAACCACUCCCAAAGGUUUUAUCACUUAUCAUCAUGAAACACAUGAACUGUUCAAUGUUUUACAUUCUUAACUGUCACAAGUGUUACCAUUGUAUAAAUAAAUUGUGAUUACGCCCGGGUUAAUUUACUUGGCUGAACCGAGAGUUGUUUGGAGGUGAUAUUAGUGUGUUACCCAUCCACACACAGAAUUAUGGGGCGCCACUUGUAAAGCAGCACGUGCUUAUAAUUACAUUAAUUGCCGUAAUUUCGCACUAUAAGGCGCACCUGACGAUAAGCCGCUACUCACCAAAUUUGGCACGAAAACGGCAUUUGUUCAUAGAGAAUCCGCAUUGGACUAUAAGCCGUAGCCGUCAUCACUGUAUUGUGGGAUAUUUACACCAAAAGAUAUUGACCGGUAAGUGACAUCAUACAACUGUCAUAAGAUCAAAUGAACCACAUGUUCUUCAUUGCUUCAAGAAGCUUCAUUUGGCCAUCACUGCUCCCUUGGGGGAAACAGUCAACCUCUGCUGCCACCUGCUGUCAACACUUGUUGUUGUCCAACAUGCCUCCUAGCAUGCAUUGCAGCGCUACAGAUGUAAAUAACAAUCAAAAUUCAUGUUCUGUGCUAAUUAUUUCUUCAGUUAAUGUUCCGGUUGUUUCGUUAAUUGCUAAUUAUGGUAUUUGGUAACACUUUAUUUGACAGUGACGCUAUAAGACUGUCAUUAGACAAUCAUAAUUAUGACAUGACAAUGUCAUGAGCAUUAAUGAAUGCUUAUAAGAGAUGUCAUUUAGUGUCGUCCGGUAAAUGAUCUCACUUUUGAAUGGAUGUAAAAGAUCCAAGUUGGACAUAACCCGCCCGUCUCAUCAGACCAUAGGACAUGGUUCCAGUAAUCCAUGUGCUUUGUUGACAUGUCUUCAGCAAACUGUUUGCGGGCUUUCUUGUGUACUGUCUUCAAAAGAGGCUUCUUCCUGGGGUGACUGCCAUGCACACCAAUUUGAUGAGUGUGGCAUAUGGUCUGAGCACUAACAGGCGGACUCCCCAACCUCUUCAAUCUCUGCAGCAAUGCUGACAGCACUCCUGCAACGAGUCACAUGACAUUUUGGAGGGAAAAUGACAAGCGGUACUCAAUUUGGACAUUUAGGGAUGUACGUAGUUUCUAAGGGGUGUACUCACUUUUGUUGCCAGGGGUUUAGAUAUUAAUGGCUAUAUUUUGAGUUCUUUUGAGGGGAAAAUAAAUUAACUCUAUUAUAUAAGCAGCAC